CAACCCUCUGCACCGACCCACCGGGAACCUCCUCCGCACCGGGAUACCGGGACACCCCCACCCCCACACAAACACACACCGGGACCCCCCCCACCCCCGCCAUGGCCAACCCGCACUUCAACCGCGGACCGGCGUACGGGCUGUCGGCCGAGGUGAAGAAUAAGCUGGCACAGAAGUACGACCCACAGCGGGAGCGGGAGCUGCGCGCUUGGAUCGAGGGCACCACCGGCCGCCGCAUCGGGGACAAUUUCAUGGAUGGCCUCAAGGAUGGCGUCAUCCUCUGCGAGCUCAUCAACAAGUUGCAGCCCGGCUCCGUGCAGAAGGUGAACGAACCCGCCCAGAACUGGCACAAGCUGGAGAACAUCGGGAACUUCCUCCGGGCCAUCACGCGCUAUGGGGUGAAGCCCCACGACAUCUUUGAGGCCAAUGACCUCUUCGAGAACACCAACCACACGCAGGUCCAGUCCACCCUCAUCGCCCUCGCCAGCCAGGGGGAAGAUGAAGGUCCUCAGGGGGGAAGCAUCCCCUCAGAGGACCACGUGCGUGUCUCAUCCUUCCCCAUUGUUGAGGCCAAGACAAAGGGGAACAACGUGGGCUUAGGCGUGAAGUACGCGGAGAAGCAACAGCGCCGCUUCCACCCGGAGAAGCUGCGCGAGGGCAGGAAUAUCAUCGGGCUCCAGAUGGGCACCAACAAGUUCGCCAGCCAGCAGGGAAUGACAGCGUACGGGACACGGCGGCACCUUUACGACCCCAAACUGGGGACGGAUCAGCCCCUGGACCAGGCCACCAUCUCCCUCCAGAUGGGCACCAACAAGGGGGCCAGCCAGGCGGGGAUGACGGCACCGGGGACAAAGCGUCAGAUCUUCGAGCCGGCAUUGGGCAUGGAGCGCUGCGACACGCUGACCAUCGGGCUGCAGAUGGGCAGCAACAAGGGCGCCUCGCAGCAGGGCAUGACGGUGUACGGGCUGCCACGCCAAGUCUACGACCCCAAGUACUGCGGCGGCCCCGAGCUGCUGGGCGAGGACGGCCUCGAUGCCUUCUACAACUCCCAGUAGCCACCGGCCACCAAUCGCUUGCACCGCACCGUCCUGCACCGGCCUCACCGCGGCCCCGGCUCGACCUGGGGGGGGCUCGCACUGUGUGCCCCCCAACCUCGGCGAAGCCACCGAGGCACAAUAAAUCCCACACGCAAA